CAUUCAUGUUUAGCUACUGCUAGCUAGCGUUACAGUCUUACUAACGAGCUACUCUUUACCGCUAGCUAAGCUUGCUACAGUUAUUUCUGAUCAGCUACUAUAGAAGGCGUAGUGAAUGUCAUGCGAGUCUCCAUUGUCAGUUGUUUUUUUUUUUUGACACCACUAAAAGCUAAUUAAGCUACUUAAAAUUGCUUGAAUCCUACUGUGACCAGUGCUGGCAUAAAAUUGAAACUGGCUAGCUAAAUUCAAAGAUGGUCAGACAAAGCAGUCAAAUUUAUUUGCAUGAGUCUAAGGCAAAACUGGAACUACACUGACCAACGACUGGUAACAGGAAAUCAAUGAGAUUAAUGAGGUGCACAGUGGCAGUGUGCAAAAGCUUCAGUACCACUUCGGCCCAGCGCCCCAAAAGGCCCCUUACGAGUUACAUGAGAUUCGUGAAACAGCAGCGUCCGCUCGUGGUCAGACAAAACCCAGAUUUGAAACUCGUGGAUAUAGUGAAAAGGAUUGCCCAGCAUUGGAGAGCACUGUCACCAGAACAGAAACGGCCUUUUGAGGAAGCCUCGCUGGCUGAUCAUGCGCAGUACAAAAUGGACAUAGAGCGGUACAAAUCCCAGCUCACUCCAGCUCAGUCUGCAGCACUGAAGGAGGAGAGAAGGCAGAAAAUGGCCAAAAGGAGGUCCAUCAGGCACAAACGGGAGCUCACGUUGCUGGGUAAGCCCAAACGGCCCAGGUCUGCUUUCAAUAUUUUCACGGCGGAGCAUAUUCCUCAAGCCAGAGGAACCACAAUGCCGGCAAAGUUGAUAUCAGUGACGGACGACUGGAAGAGACUGCACCUCUCACAGAAACAGGUCUACAUUCAACUAGCUGAAGAUGAUCAAAUCCGUUACAAAAAUGAAAUGAAGUCUUGGGAGGAGCACAUGAUAGAAAUUGGACGAGAGGACGUUGUGCGGAGGAAAAAUCUUGCACCGAGAAAGACCAUCAGCACAAAAGGGGGCAAAAAGAAAACCAAAGUUAAAUCUGCUAAAAGUAAAGUUGCGGUGAAGUCAACAAGUACUAAAUCAUCUGGCAGCAUCAAAGAAAAAAAGACUAAAAAAACUGUGAAAAGGGCUGAAGAGUGAGUCUACUGAACUUUUCUGUCACGAAGGCAAGCUACUGACCGUCCUGAAUAAAAUUUCUCAGUCAUGGGAAAUUCUUUGAAUAAUGUACAUUUGCUCUGGUGUUUAUGUACUGGUUUCUGUCCACAUUGUUCAUGUGCAUGCUCAUCCAACUGUGCAGUCAUUUUAAGUAUUAAAGAAAACAAGUGGUA